AUGAAUAUAUUCCCUCUACACUCGAAUUCAUUAUUAAUAUUUUUUAUCUUAUUCAUUAUCAAUGAUUAUGUUAGAGUGAACGGAAAAGUUGAAUCGGCGCCAACAAACAAUGGACAACAGUAUCCACUUGUUAUGAUCCCUGGUACUGCGGGUAGUCAAGCUUUUGCAGUCUUCAAAAAUGAUCCUAGUCGCCAACCUCUACCGCUAUGGUUAAAUAUGAAAUUUUUUGUUUUCAUUAAACGCUUUUCUGAUUAUUUUAAGUUGAAUUAUAAUCCAAUAACUGGUCGAACUGAAGAUACUGAAGGAGUUGAAAUAAUCUUUCCUGGAUGGGGUGAAACAUGGUCAAUUGAAAAUUUAGAUGAAACACCAAAUGUUUUCUCAGAAUACUUCGGUUCUUUAGUCUAUGUCCUAAAGAAGGAUCCAUAUUAUGUGUCAAACUUCACAAUGCGAGGUGCACCAUAUGACUUUAGAAAGGCUCCAAACGAAAAUGCUCAGUUUUUUGAAAAUCUAAGAUUACUAAUCGAAGAAACCUAUGAAAAUGCGAAACAGCGACGUGUUGUUCUACAUCCACAUAGUAUGGGAUGCUUAUAUGCCUUAGCGUUUUUAAAGCAGCGCACAAUUUCUUGGAAAAGAAAAUAUAUUAAAUCAGUCAUUUUUUCCAGCUGUCCGUUUGGUGGAUCUGUUAAAUCCUUAAAAGUUGAAGCUAGUGGUGAUAACUUCGGGGUGUUUUUACGUAGUCCACUGAGUUUCCGUUACGUCCAGCGUUCUAUGCCUUCGCUUACAUUCAUGUUCCCAGAUGCCCGUUUAUGGCCAGCCUCAGAACCACUUAUUAUCACACCGACAAAAAAUUACAGUACAGCUGACUAUGAAAGCUUUUUCAAUGACAUAAAUUACACAGUUGGAUAUAGAAUGUGGAAGGACACUCAUUCUCUUGUCGAUGGACUUGAAAUGCCAAGUGGUAUUGAUGAAAUUCACUGCAUCCAUGGUUCAAAUUUGAGUACUACAGAUAAACUUGUUUAUUCUCCACCUAAUCUAUUUCAUAACGGUUUCCCAGACCAGGUACCACUAUUAGUUCCUGGUAAUGGAGAUGGAACUGUCAGUAUUCGCAGUUUGGAAUAUUAUCCUCGGAGCAAAUAUAACACAUGGAUAGAAGCUACCUUCGUAUAUCAUAGUGUAUAA